GCAGUAUGAAGAAAAUCUUUGCUUUGUGGCUUAAUACCUUGAAACAUCUUUGGAUUAAAUGUCAGUUGAUGUGAAGAUAGCAUGGUGGAUGUUGCGUACAGUGAAUAAGCAGCGUCAUAAGAGGAGUCAGUAAUAUUGUGAGACACAGUGACCAGCUCCACAUUAAUUUUAUAAUUCGUACUGUUGUAAAAAUUACAGUCUGUGUCUCCUAUCUGUUAAAUAUAAAAUAAUGUUUUUAAGUUAAAAGUGUUUUCCAUUUUUACAAAUGAAUACAACAAAUGUUGAAGUGAAACUGGACGACCCACACUGCGGAAAAAAUGCUCUCACGGAUUCUCUUGGAUGGUUUCUACAAAUACUAUUAGCCUGUUUGGCCUUUACGUGCCUUAUUUUGAAACGGUUUUGUGAGCCACGGUAUGAAAGACGCCCAUGGCUUAUCUGGUUCUAUGAUACUUCUAAACAAGGAAUGGGAGCAUUAGUAAUACAUCUUGCAAAUGUGUAUUUGGCAAGCACAUUCCAUGGUGAUCCUUGCACAUGGUACAUAAUUAAUUUUCUCUUGGACUCCUCUGUUGGGCUGCUUAUAAUUUAUAUAGGCAUUCGGCUGUCACAGUAUCUAUCAAAAGUAAACAAGUGGGAAGCUAUUAACUUUGGUGAAUAUGGCAAACCCCCAUCUGUUAAUGCCUGGUUAGCACAGUGUUGCUUGUAUGUCCUAUUGAUGAUCAUAGUAAAGGCAUGUAUUACCUUGCUGAUCCAGUUUGGCUUCUGGAACAGUGUAAGGGAUUUCAUACUUUCACCAAUAACAAAUCCGAAGGUGGAGCUGGCCUUAGUUAUAUUUAUCAUUCCCUUUUUUGUAAACGCAUUGAUAUUCUGGGUCACAGACAAUUUUCUUAUGAGACAUACUCAUUUUAAAAGCUACAAGAGUGAUAAGGGUCUUCUUGAGAAGGUCAAGAUAAGAUACAGAAAACUGAAAAGGGCAAAACGAGAUGAUUCAGAAUCUGAUGUUCUGCUGUCUGCAGAUGAAGAGCUCUUGGGAGCUAAUGAAUGUCUCCAACAACGUUUACCAAAUGCUACAAUCACCUAGUGUUGGAUUGGAAAUUCCUAACAAAAAUAUGAGACUAAUUCUCUGAAUUCCACAAUCGCAUUCUCUUUGGAAGGAGUUGCGAGUAUUAGACUGACAAAUCAUAUGGAAUAUUUUAUACCAAAUAACUAUACUAAUAACCAGUUUUGUAAAUUGGUGGCUCUUUUAAUGAGUUAAACAGUAUAUUUUUUCAAUGUUCCUUUCAUUAGAGGAUGAGGUCUGCAGUACAUUCAACUGUUUUGUAGUAAUGACAAUAUAUAGCAAUACUGUCCUGCAAGAUCUUACGAGAUUCAUAAAAUAUGUGCUUUAUAAUAUGUGAUAUGUUCAUUAUAGUUUCGCAGGCUCAGAAAAUGAAUUAUGUACAUUUUAUAGUCUUAUUUAUUUUCUUAUUUAUUACCAUUAAUUGAUAUUUUACAUAGGCCUGUUUGAGAAGGCCUAAUGUGUAGAGUCUCAGAGUAUGUGAGUCAUUUUUCUCUGUUUCGUCUGUGUACAAUUUACAAACAAAAUACAAUAUGUUUUUUAUA